CACGGUGGGCCCUGACCUAAUCCGUGAAGGUGUUUUGUCUGCCGCCGCCAUGUCGCUGGGGCCUGAACCUCGCUCCAUGUUUAUUCCAACACAGGCGUCUUGCCCGUGAACCUGACGUCGACGUCUCAAGUUUGCCUUCUUCAGGGAGAUGAGUCAGGUUGUCUCCAUGGACGCUGAAAGAGGACGCGGCGGUAAAGUCAGCGGACAAUCCGAACUCCACCUGUCCAGCUCCAUGGAACUAUUAGAGAAACAAACCUCCCUCCAGAUAAGACAGUCAAGACAGUCUAACGAGAGACUUAUCCAAGUGUACAGGGACAACAACAACAUACUCCAGAAGCAGUGGUCACAGGGACUGGCUACACAGCCCAAUUACAGCAACAGAGACUCUGGCAAUGGCUCACAACCAAAAUUCACCAUGCAAGACGUGAACGCAACUACUGUAGGAAGACUAAACGAUCAGGAAAAGUCUGUCACCAGCAAGGUGUUUCAUGGCUUUGUUGAGGAUGGGCAGUCUGUAGCGAAACGCACUGCGGGCCGGCGUAACCGAUGGAAGGACGGCUGGGUAGAACCGCUUGACGACAUCAGCAGAUCUAGAGAAGCAGCUCCCACCCUGCGUCUGCAGCCGAUUGGUAUAGAGUUACAGUCAAAACCAGUGGCAACGGCAGGAGAGCGUACAAGCCAGAGCAGUGACGCUAACACCAGCCGGAGUAGUGAAUAA